AUGACGAAUCAUGGUCCCGGGUGCUCAAUUGACGGGUUGUUCUGUACUCGAUAUAAGCAUGUGGUGCAGGAAUCAAGAACUGAAUUGCCAGAUGUUUCAGUCAAGGUUAGCUCCAGACUCGGCCUUUUACCUUUUCAAUUUCGAUUUACACUUCGUCCCUCGAUUUGGGAAGUAAAUCUUCCGGCGGAAGAAGUUCCACCUGAGCUCCCUGAGCCAGCGCUUGGGAUCAAUUUUGCCAGGGAUGGGAUGAACAGAAGGGAUUGGCUCUCGCUAAUUGCUGUCCACAGUGAUUGUUGGUUGCUCUUUGUGGCAUUUUAUCUUGGGGCCAGGUUGAACCGCAAUGAAAGCAUGAUGAAUGAGCUGCCAACUGUUUUUGAAGUGGUAACAGAAAGGAAGCCUGUUAAAGACAAGCCAAACACUGAUAGUGGCAGCAAAUCUCGCAACAGCACAAAGGCGUUCUUUUUCACUGUUCGGAGAGCCUCGCUGUGCGCCAUCGACGAGCAGCAGGUCGUGCAAUCGAGCAGCAAGUCGUCCUUUCAUCCAUCGCCAUCAACGAGCAGCAAGUCGUCCUUUCAUCCAUCGCCAUCAACGAGCAGCAAGUAUGAAGAAGACAACAGCUACGAGUCAUUCCACAAACAGACGGGUGAAAAUCGAAAUUGGAAUGAAAUUCAUGAGAAUUAUGAACAACUCGACGCCUGGAUCUAA